AUGGUUAAAGCGCAGAAAAAGAACAAAAAGCUUGAUAGAAAGUCAAGGCGUCAAACUGAAGAGGAGGAGCUCGCCCUGCUCAAAAAGAAAAUCGAUGAGUUUCAACAAGAGGAUUCCUCUGAUGCCUCCCAGUUUCAGGACUACCCCAUCACCGAUGCAACUCUUCGAGGUCUUCGUGAAGCCAACUUUGUCUCUAUGACUGAUAUUCAGAAGAAGACAAUCAUUCCAGCAUUGAAAGGCGAAGAUAUCAUUGGUACUGCUAAGACAGGUUCCGGCAAAACAUUAGCAUUCUUGAUUCCAGUUAUUGAAUGUUUGAUCCACAACAAUGUUACUGAAUAUGACGGUUUGGCCGCCCUUAUUGUAUCGCCUACCAGAGAAUUAGCUGUGCAGAUUUUCGAGGUCCUUACAAAGAUCGGUAAAUACAAUUCUUUCUCGGCUGGAUUAGUCACUGGUGGUAAAGAUGUGCAGUUUGAGAAAGAGAGAAUCGGAAGAAUGAACAUUCUCGUCGGAACGCCGGGUAGAAUCUCCCAGCAUUUCAACCAAUCUGUUGGUAUUGAGACAACAAAUCUUCAAAUUCUUGUUCUUGAUGAAGCUGACAGAUGCUUGGAUAUGGGAUUCAGAAAACAAAUCGAUAGCAUUUUGGGCCAUUUGUCCCCAGAGAGACAAACACUUUUAUUUUCCGCUACCCAGUCGGACAGUGUUAAGGAUCUCGCAAGAUUGUCUCUCACCAACCCAACCAAGAUAGGUGUCUCAUCAGAUAACACUGUGUCUGCUACCCCUGACACCUUGGAUCAAUACUAUAUUCGCAUUAACCUAGAGGACAAAUUAGACGUUCUUUGGUCUUUCAUCAAAACGCAUCUCAAGAGCAAAAUACUUGUGUUCUUCUCCUCAUCUAAACAAGUCCAGUUUACCUAUGAGACUUUCAGAACCUUACAGCCCGGUAUCUCCUUGAUGAGAUUGUAUGGUCGCCACAAGCAAACUUCUAGAUUGGAAACAACCACGAAAUUUUCUCAAGCACAGUACGCUUGUUUGUUUGCUACUGAUAUCGUCGCAAGAGGUUUGGAUUUCCCUGCCAUUGACUGGGUCAUCCAGGUUGACUGUCCAGAAGAUGCUGCCACAUACGUUCAUAGAGUUGGACGUUGUGCUCGUUUCGGACGUUCUGAGACUUCAAACCAUGAUAUCGAGAUCAAGAACAUGAACAUCAAGAAGAAUAGCAAAAAGACCAUUCGUCCACAACUACAAUCCCUUUGUUUUAAAGACCCACAGAUGAAGAACUUGGGUCAACGUGCAUUUAUUUCAUACUAUCGUUCCAUUUACGUCCAGAAGGACAAGGACGUUUUCAAUGUCGAGACACUUCCGGCUGAUAAAUUUGCAGAGUCCUUGGGUCUUCCCGGUGCACCUAAGAUCAAGAUCAAGGGUGGUGAAGGAAACAAAGAAAAGAAGAACAUGUCUAGGCAGCUCAUGGAGCUUGAACGUGCUGAUAUGGAAGGUGAUGUCAAGGCUGACGAUAAGAAGAAGACCAGAACCAAAUAUGACAGAAUGUUUGAGAGGCAAAACCAGACUGUUCUUUCGAAGGAGUACCUUAACAUGACUGGUACAGGAAUAAGGAAGGCCGACGACGAGGAUGAAGACAGUGAAGAUGAUUUUAUGAAAGUUAAGAGAACAGACCAUGACAUCAAGGAUACUGAGAUUCCUGACUUGUCUAUCCCAGCUUCUAAACGAGCAGCAAAGAAGGCUCUCUCCAAGAAAUUGUCCAUUAAGGACAAGGGCACUCCUACGAAGUUGGUGUUCGAUGAUGAAGGCGAGGCGCAUCCAAUCUACGAAUUAGAAGAUGAAGAAGAUUUCAGAAAGAAGGGUGACGCCAAAGACCAGAAGAAGGAGUUUGUCUCGAAGGAAACUGAUGUGAUGAACGAGGCUGAUGUCGCUGAUAAAGCUUUGGCCAAGUCUAAAAGGCAAGAGAAGAAGAGAAAGAGGAAGGAAGCUGAGAGAAGAGCCCUUGAAGAUGACUUCAGUGAUGAUGAUGAAGGUGUUCAGGUCACUCUUGGUGGUCCUGACCUUGAAAAUGAUCUACAGUCUCUGGAUGAGGAGGCUGAGGUGCCUAAGCUGAAGAAACCUAAGUGGUUCGAGAAUGAUAAGGGUAUGCUGAGGAAUGAUCAAGACGACGGUAUUGUCGAGAUCGAUGAACCUCAAUCCUUGGAGGAUUUGGAAGCUUUGACUUCCAGAUUGAUCCAAAACUAA